AUGAGUUCCCCCGACGAGAUUGUCGACUAUCUCGUGGAAAACGUGGCCCUGUUUGGUCCCGGAGGUGUAACCCUCCCCCAAUUGUGGACACUCUCCUACGACAAGGUUCCAAAUCUCACGCCCAAACUCCAGCAAGUGAUUUGGAAAUGGCUCAUGAACCAUCCCAGUAUGGUCGUUGGAGUCAACGGAGAAGACGAGACCGAGACCGUCAACAAACUUGAUUACAAAACUCUGCUCGAGACAUACCCCCAGGACUCGGUUCAGGUGUACGCUGACGAAGACACCCAGUGGCGUACUUUGACGGGCAGACCCAAGAAGAACAACCCCAUUGGAGCAUUCCCCUUUGAAGCACUGUGUGUUGUUGCCGCUGCUCGAGAAGAUGGAGCUACCGCUGUGCAGAUCACCAAACAAACUGGCCAGGAUGCGCGAUCCAUCUUUGGGCGGGUCAACGCACUCAUGGAGCAGGGUCUGGUGUCUCGUUUCCCCUACUAUGCCGGUCACAACACGAACCUGAUUGUGUACCGAUCGUUUGUGGCUGCCAACAGAAGAAAGCUGGGUAUCACUACCGGCAAUGCUGCUUCGUCUGGAGCUGCAGGAGUGGAUAUUGCUGAUUUCCGAAAACGGCUGGUUGAAGCUACUUUCAACGCUCAUAACAGAAUCAGACAGUACCUGGACCUAAGAGACGAAAUGGGCUGUGGCAAGACCCGACGUCUCAAGUCGUACUUUGCUCGUGCUGUGCGUCAGCUGGAGGCUAAUGGCUACCUCAAGCGAGUCUAUGUGUACCCCGACCCUAGCAAGGAUGAAAAGUACUACUGUCUCAAAUUCCUCAAGCCUUAUGUCAACACCACAGAUAUGGCUGGUGUCGAUGAGGAUGACGACGAAGAGGAGGAAGAGGAAGAGGAAGUCGAGCCUGAAGAGGAGGAGAAGAUUAUGGGCUCUUUGGAUGUUAUGGACGACAGUGCGGGAAUCAAGAUGGAAGACGUUGGAGAGCCCUUGCUGCCCGAAGAAAACUCUCAUAUCAUUUCGUUCAACCGCUUCUACCCCCUCAUCAACCAGAUUUUCAACCUCACUCAGAUUCGAGGCUCCCAUGGUAUCCCUGCCAUGGAGCUGUGCCGUUUGACUGCUGGUAUCUCGUACACCCGUAUGUUUUCGCGGUACUUGGAAGGCUUUGCCGAGCGAACCACCAAGAACAAGACGGUCAAGAACAAGUCCGACCCCGAACUGCAAUACUUGAACCUCAUUCGGGGUCUGGAUGUGAAUGCCAGAACCAAGUACUAUCGGUACGUGACCGAAAUGGACUAUCGGGCCUUUGUCGGAGAGGCUGCCGAUCCCGCCUGGGGUAAGUUUCGACCCCUUCCUACCUCUGGGGCCAAAGCUGCUGCCAAAAUUUACUCUUCUCUGAGCGACAUGCAACAUAAACUUGGCUCUGAGAUCCCUGGAGUCGUCCUGACAGCUACUGUGACUCUCCCCGAUGGUUCAGAGCAUCAGUUUGUCACCUUCAGAGGCUACAAUGUGACUCCUGCUGCUGGCGUCAAGAUUUCUGUCCAGCAGGGCAGUGGAGAAGGUAGACCCAGAGGCAGACCCAGAAAGCGACCUGUGGACGAUGACACUGCAGCUCCCGGAGACAAACCUCCGCCCAAGAAGCGUGGCCGAAAGUCCAAGGCUGAGCAUGAGCGGAUCAGACUGGAGAAAGAGGCUGCUGAAGCUGCUGCUGCUGCUGCUGCUCUGGAGGCGGCCAGUCGAACCGUAAAUGAAGCCGAGGCAACAACCGGGGAAACCACUGAACAGGCUGAUUCAGCUACUGUUUCUUCCGUGGCCGAGGCAGCUGUGGCAGCGGUGUUGGCCGAAACUGACCCCGUGGAAAUCGCAGUCAGACAAGAAGCCGAGGCCGAACAGGCUGCUGCGGAGACGACAGAGCCCGAACCUGCUCCGGGGCGCCUUACUUCUCGAGGAGUUGUUUCUUUCGCAGCCAUGGAGCGAAAGUCUCGUAUUUUGAAACUUCUUUCUGCCAACAACGGUGUUCUGGAAGGCGGUAAACAGCUGGAGAUUAUGUUUGACGCAUCGUAUUCGCGAUCCCGAAACGGAAAAGUGGACUCCAAGACUCUCAACAGAGACAUUAACCAGCUGGAGGACGACGGCAAGGUGUAUCGUAUUUCCGUCAACGUGGGCAAAAGCAGAGACUCGGCCAUCGUUCGUUGGAUGGUUGUACACUCUUCGCUGCCUAGAGACGCUCCCCAGGUGCAGGAUCUCAAGGCUCAAUUGAUCCAUCGAACCAAGGUCGCUAGUGUGCCUGCCACUCACAAUCCCAUCCGAGAAUCGCUGUCAGGGGCCUUCAAGUUGUACCACAACCCUGUUGCGAACCCACGACGAUCGUUAGGCAACGAAGACAAGUCCCCUCAUCGAGUUCAGGAGCCUGGUAGUGACGGAAGAUGGAUUAGUGAUACUCGCAAAGUUGUGCCUCGGAAGAGAAGAUCUCUGCGGCCCUCCAAUAUCGACCCUCAGUACGAUUACACCGACCAGGAGCCGCAUCAGGGUGCCGGCUCUUCUUCCACUUAUCCUCAUCAACAGUACCAACCCCAAUACUCCAUGGACUAUGCUCAGGAGUACUCCACUCAGCAUCCGGCUUACAACAGCUUGAACAACCAGUUUACUGGUCUGGAUGACAGCAUGAUUGAACCUGAGAUGAUUGCCCAGGCUACUCUCCAGAGCCAGCAGCCCAAGAGAAAGAGCCGCAAGGGCGACAGAUUGCCCAGCUCGGAUCCCCUCAAGAUUCUCGAGCACGGAAUCAAGCGGAAAUCCAAGCUCAAGAUUGGCGCCACUCCCUCCGUGUCUCGUUCUCGGAUGUCUGGAGCCCGGCGAUACGAUGUGGAGGACAAUGAAAAGUUUUUCCGGCUCACCAUUGUCGCCCGAUCGUUCCACGGAGGCUCUAUUCCCUGGCAGGCUCUCGCCGGGCCUCUCAGACUACCUUCUUAUGCUGCUAAGGCCAAGUGGCCUCGAGUCAGAGACAUUAUGGGCGGUGCAAAGGUGGUUCCGGCUGCAAUUGAGCAGUUUGAAGACUUUUUCUAUGAGCAAUACCGCAAGGGAACCAUUGCUCCAUUUUCGCGGCUAGAAGAGGUGAAUCUCGAGGAGCUGGCGGAUCUCUGGCAACAGCAUGAACCCGAGUUGUUGCCCGAUACCACCGCCACGUCGUUCCCGCUACUCGAGUCGUACGAAGACAACAGAAAACGGUACCACAUGUCUGUUCCUCUGGAUUUCGAUGACACGGAUCCCAUCGACUCGGUCCUGUCUGUCCAGUCCAUGGUAAAGACCGAGGAGGCACUCACAAACUCGCCUUUCCUGGUCAAGAAGACCCCUGUGUACGUGGACCCCAACCCUGAGGCUGUUCAGAACGCCAUUGCUGUCAUCAAGUCGAUUAUCGUCUCUGAUGAUGCCACCUACGAUGAACAAGCUGCCAAGGAGCUGCUGACUCCAUUCGGAGAACAAACGGUUGCCGAGGCAGUCAACCAGCUCGAUAAGCAAAAAGUGGUCAACUACAUUCCUCGAGAUAUGGAGAAACGCAACCCUGGACGAAACUUUGCGUUUUCUGACAAGUUCUGGAACGCUGUCAGUGUGCGGUUUGCUGCCGGUCUGGAAGUGUUCAACGAGGCUCUCAACUUUGACAAGUCCAUGAGAGAGUGUGUCAACUCGUCCCGUGGUCUUGUCAUGUCUCGUUUGGCUCCUGACGGAUCGAUGAUGGCCAUUCUGGACCUGGUUUACCAUAGAAUCAUUGAUACGGUCAGAGUUAACGAUACGAUCGGCUCUCUGAUCAAGGGCUAUGUGUCUCGGUCAGUCGAUAAAGACAAGCUCGACUGUGACAUUAUUUUCCGGGGCUUUGAGUCCUUGUCUCUCAAUGACGCGGCUCAGAGUGUAGAGGUGGCUCCUCCUACCGAGGGGCUGCGGAUCUGGAAGGGUAUGCAUGGAGAGGUAAAUGAGCCCAUUUGGAAGCAUCUGACGUCGCUGUUUGCGCUGUCCGUGGCUCUUCGGCCUGGUGUCACUGUUGAUCUGCUUGCUGUGGGACUGGUGAACAUUCUUACCCAUCAAGAGAUUGAGGAUGUCAUGCAGUGGCUCUGCGAGAAGCAGUGUUUGAGAAAGGGCGAGUGUGAUGGAUAUUGGUUGAUGCCAGGCUGGUAUAAUGUGUUCGCCUGA